AUAAGCAAAGAGCUUUCUGUUAAAAUUCUUAUUACGGUUUCACAUUUGUGUAAAAUUUUCAGCUUAUUGUUGAAAUUUGAAAUCUUUGUUAAUUAAUUAUUACUUCUUUCGGUGUUAUAUGACUCCCUGACGAAGAAACACACACCCAAACAAAUCUUAGCUUAGCACCGUCGCGACCGAAUUCGAAAUUCCGGUAACCUUUAUCGCCGGAAAAUCCACCGCCCGUGUGGUUAUCGAUAUCGAUUCUCCUCGGAUCUAGUGGCUCCAUUUCUUCGUCCAGAUCUCGUACUUUUAAAUCCGAUAUUUCGACCUUGACUCGCGCAAGUCACGAUGGAGGCGAUCGAUGAGUUGUCUCAGCUUUCGGAUUCGAUGAGACAAGCUGCGGCGCUGCUCGCUGACGAAGAUCCCGAGGAGAGCUCUUCUUCUAGACGACCGGCCACUUCUCUCAACGUCGUUGCCCUAGGGAAUGUGGGAGCUGGAAAGUCUGCAGUUCUGAAUAGCCUUAUUGGACAUCCAGUUCUGCCUACGGGUGAGAAUGGUGCUACACGGGCUCCUAUAAUCAUUGACCUGAGUAGGGAGCAAUCUCUGAGCAGCAAGGCAAUAAUCUUGCAGAUCGACAAUAAAUCUCAACAAGUUUCUGCAAGUGCCCUAAGACAUUCUCUACAGGAUAGGCUUAGCAAAGGAGCCACAGGGAGGGGUCGUGAUGAAAUAUACCUAAAACUUCGUACAAGCACAGCUCCACCUUUGAAAUUGAUUGAUUUGCCUGGACUGGACCAGAGAAUUGUGGACGAUUCAAUGAUUGGUGAACAUGCACAGCAUAAUGAUGCCAUACUGCUGGUUGUUGUGCCCGCUAGCCAGGCAUCUGAAAUUUCGUCAUCUCGAGCCUUGAAGAUCGCAAAGGAGUAUGAUCCAGACAGCACUAGGACUGUAGGAAUUAUCAGCAAAAUUGACCAGGCAGCAGAGAACCCAAAAGCCCUUGCAGCAGUUCAGGCUCUUCUUUCAAACCAGGGACCUUCAAAAACAACGGAUAUUCCAUGGGUUGCACUUAUCGGUCAAUCUGUCUCAAUUGCAUCUGCGCAGUCUGGAGGCAGUGAGAACUCUUUAGAAACUGCUUGGCGUGCUGAGAGUGAAAGUCUUAAAUCCAUUUUGACUGGUGCUCCACCAAGCAAACUUGGCAGAAUUGCCUUGGUGGACACCCUUGCUAGCCAGAUUCGAAGCAGAAUGAAGCUCAGGCUACCAAAUAUCUUGUCUGGGCUCCAGGGCAAGUCUCAAAUAGUGCAGGACGAAUUAGCAAGGCUUGGUGAACAACUGGGAAGUGGCUGGAAAGUUGUUGCAAGUUUUGAAGGCAAUUUCCCCAACCGUAUCAAGCAGCUUCCAUUGGAUAGAUAUUUUGACUUGAAUAAUGUCAAAAGGAUCGUUUUAGAGGCAGAUGGUUAUCAACCUUAUCUUAUAUCUCCGGAGAAAGGGUUGAGAUCAUUAAUAAAAGUUGUUCUUGAGUUGGCUAAAGACCCGGCACGACUAUGCGUUGAUGAGGUUCACAGAGUGCUUGUUGACAUAGUUUCAGCUUCCGCGAAUGCAACACCUGGUCUUGGGAGAUAUCCUCCUUUUAAGAGAGAGGUUGUAGCUAUAGCAAGUGCUGCACUUGAUGGAUUCAAGAGUGAAGCUAAGAAGAUGGUAGUUGCACUAGUUGAUAUGGAACGUGCCUUUGUGCCACCGCAGCACUUCAUCCGCCUUGUGCAAAGAAGAAUGGAAAGGCAGCGUCGUGAGGAAGAGCUAAAAGGCCGUUCCUCCAAGAAGGGACAAGAUGCAGAGCAGUCUCUCUUAGGCCGGGCAACGAGUCCUCAGCCAGAUGGACCAUCGACUGGUGGUAGCUUGAAAUCGUUGAGAGACAAAUUUAUUCCACAAGAUAAAGAUAAAGAUAAGGAUAAAGAUAAAGAAACGCCAGAGGUCUCUGGUCUAAAGACUGCUGGACCUGAGGGGGAGAUAACCGCAGGGUACUUAAUGAAGAAAAGUGCAAAGACAAAUGGGUGGAGUAGGCGAUGGUUUGUUCUAAAUGAAAAAACUGGAAAGCUUGGUUAUACGAAAAAGCAAGAAGAAAGGAACUUCCGCGGCACUGUAACUUUGGAGGAAUGCAGUAUCGAAGAAAUUUCUGAUGAUGAAGGAGAAAAAUCAAAGAGCUCUAAAGAUAAGAAAUCAAAUGGACCUGAUUCGAAAGGACCAGGCCUUGUAUUUAAGAUAACAUGCAGGGUUCCAUAUAAGACUGUACUUAAAGCUCACAAUGCACUGGUUCUUAAGGCCGAGAGCAUGGUCGAUAAGAAUGAAUGGAUUAAUAAGCUGCAAAAGGUUAUCCAAUCCCGAGGAGGCCAAGUUGGUGGCGCUUCCAUGAGACAAAGCCUUUCAGAAGGUUCACUUGAUAAGAUGGUUAGGAAACCGGCUGACCCAGAAGAGGAAUUACGGUGGAUGUCCCAAGAAGUACGAGGUUACGUUGAAGCUGUUCUCAACAGCUUAGCAGCAAAUGUCCCAAAGGCAGUUGUUCUUUGUCAAGUGGAGAAAUCAAAGGAAGACAUGCUGAAUCAGCUCUACAGUUCUAUCAGUGCGAUAGGUAAUGAGAGGAUAGAAUCGUUGAUUCAAGAGGAUCAAAACGUGAAAAGACGAAGAGACCGUUACCAGAAGCAGUCCUCUCUUCUCUCAAAGCUCACAAGACAGCUUAGCGUCCACGAUAACCGCGCAGCUGCUGCUUCGAGCUGGUCCGACAGCGGCACGGAAAGCAGCCCAAGAACCAAUGGCGGGUCUUCAGGCGAGGAUUGGAUGAACGCGUUUAACGCUGCUGCUAGUGGACCGGACUCAUUGAAGAGGUAUGGAUCUGGUGGUCAUAGCCGACGGUACAGCGAUCCAGCUCAGAACGGUGAGGAUUCUUCUGGUUCUGGUGGUAGCAGCCGUCGCACCACGCCGAACCGGCUCCCACCGGCACCGCCACAGUCUUCUGGAUCAUCUUACAGGUAUUAGAACCUGUUUUGGUUUACAAGACAGGUUUGUUAUUGGAGAAACCCAUUGAACACAUUCUUUUUUUUCUCUUCUUUUUUUUGGAUUGGUCCCCUUUUCCGGGACAAGUUUUUUUCUUAUUUCUUCACUAGUUUUUUUUUAAAAGAGAUGAUUAUGACAUAUGAUGAUGAUGUACUUUGCGUGUGUUUGUAGAUAGAGAUAUUGUUAGAGACGCACAUAUCAUGAAUCUGGAAAGUUGUCUACUUACCAGACAAAAUGUUUACAAUAAAAAUUGUAGUCUAAUGUAGUCAGGGAAAAUCGUAUCACCCCUAAAAUAAAAG